GGACGAGCUUCAAGCGCAGAUCAACGGGCUGAAUCCCGAACGGCUCCGUGCCGCGCAGGGAGAGCGCUGUUUGAGUGCAGUGGACACUGCUGGGCUCCGUGGAGCAUGUAGUGCACUACCCAGGGAGGGGGGAGGCAUUGGGGGUUGAGCCAAGGACUUCUGACCGCGGGAUUCAAACCUGAAGACACUAGAAAACAGCACAGACUUCACGAAAACGAGCCAACAGUAAACACAAAACAUUUAAACAUGGCGUUUACACUUCACCAGCCGAGUGGUGCUUUACUGCAUUGAUUCUAGUAUCUGAGGUGAACCUGUUCUCUGUCUUUUGCUCGUGUUAAUUUCUCUGAGAGCCCCCCGUAGCUGCAGUAGGUCAUGGAUUCUCAGGCCACUGAUUCCCCCAGAACUGUGUUCUUUGACUUGGAGACUACUGGUCUGGGGCCCUCAUGUGACAUUGUUCAGCUAGCAGCAGUGAGUGGCAGCCACACACUAAACCUUUUUAUGGUCCCCCGCUGUAGGAUGGAGCCCGGGGCCUCCAGAGUCACUGGCUUUAGAGUGCGAAGGCACCAGCUCUUCCUGCACCGCAGACCUGUGCUCACGAACUCUCUGAGAGAAGCCCUGGUGUCCUUCAUAACCUUCCUUCGCAUGUUCGGACGCCCGCUUUUGGUGGGCCACAACAUUCGCCGCUUUGACUGCCUUGUGUUGGCCAGAGCUUUAGAUGAGUUUGGAUUGAAAGCAGCCUUCCAGACAGGAGUUGUGGGCUUCCUGGACAGUCUCCCUCUGGCUCGCCAGCUUCUCAAGGACAGUGGCAUCCAGAGCUUCAAGCAGGAGAACCUGGUUAAGACUGUGCUGGGAGUUUCCUAUGCCGCUCACAAUGCCUUGGCUGACGUACAAGCCCUGCAGAAGCUUUAUUGGGCCCUCAGUCCCACAGCCAGUCAAAUUCAGCAGCACAUGUUCAGUCUGGACUCGCUGAAUACCAUGGCUGUCAAGCCUGCAAGACUACCAGCAAAGAGUGACUUAUGUGAGCACUUCCAAAAGGCAGUGAAAGUCACAGUGGACAGCAGUAGAGACGUCUAAACUUUUGUUAUAAUAGACCAGACAAAAACGAUGCUCCUAGUACAACAAUUUGUGUGAAAGGGGAUAUUAUCUCUGAUACAACACCCUCCCCGGGUCCAAAAUGUGGGAUUAUUGUUGAAAAUACUAGCGUUGAACAAGGCACCUUUCUUUGACUGCACAUGUAGCCAUAUGACCAUUCACACCAUUGUAGCUACUGCACUGCUAGCGCAAAAUCAGUUGGACAUGGAUACAAAUCUAAGUGUAACCUUUUAUAUGUUUUU